AUGCUGUUGUAUAUCAUCGCAACGAUAGCUGUAACGGAGUGGCGUACAAAAUUCCAGCGGCGCAUGAAUCUGGCUGACAACGAACAGAAGGCCCGUUCCGUUGACUCGCUGCUAAACUAUGAGACUGUCAAAUACUAUGGUGCUGAGGCUUACGAGGUCGUCUCCUAUAGGGAGGCUAUUCAACAUUAUCAGAAAGAAGAGUUCAAAUCCCUUGUUACAUUGAACAUAUUAAACACAAUGCAGAAUAUUAUCAUUUGUACGGGAUUGCUUGCCGGUUCGUUGCUGGCUGUACACAUGGUUGUGCAUACUGCUGAACUGACUGUAGGUGACUACGUUCUGUUUGCCACCUAUAUUGUCCAGCUUUACGUGCCUUUAAAUUGGUUCGGAACUUACUACAGGGCCAUCCAAAAGAAUUUUGUAGACAUGGAGAACAUGUUUGACCUGAUGCGAGUGGAUAGCGAUGUGAAGGACGCUGUGGGCGCGCCGGAACUCUUAGUGCGUCGUGGCGGUGUUGAGUUCAAGCAUGUGUCGUUUGGUUAUGGGCCAGAGCGACUGGUGUUGAAUAACAUCAGUUUCAAGGUUGCUCCGGGGUCCACUGUAGCGCUGGUGGGACCGAGUGGUGCCGGGAAAUCGACGAUAAUGCGUCUCUUGUUCCGGUUCUAUGACGUGAACGAAGGCGCUGUUCUAGUUGACGGACAGGACGUGAGAACCGUCACGCAAGUGUCACUGCGGGCCAAUAUCGGUGUCGUGCCUCAAGACACAGUUUUAUUCAAUAAUACUGUCAGGUACAAUAUUCAAUAUGGAAGAUUGGAAGCGUCGUCCGCUGAUGUGAUAGCGGCCGCCAAGAACGCAGACAUCCAUGACAGAAUUCUCACCUUCCCUGAUGCUUAUGACACUCAGGUGGGAGAAAGAGGUCUGCGCUUGAGUGGAGGUGAAAAGCAAAGGAUAGCGAUAGCCCGCACUCUUCUCAAAGAUCCAGCUAUUGUUUUACUUGAUGAGGCAACAUCUGCUCUAGACACUAACACAGAGAGGAAUAUUCAGGCGGCUUUGUCCCGCGUAUGCGCCAAUCGUACGACACUCAUAAUAGCGCAUAGACUGUCUACUAUAAUACACGCGGAUGAAAUUCUCGUUCUGAAAGAGGGAGAAAUCAUUGAAAGAGGAAACCACGAAAUGCUAUUAGCACAAAACGGUUUCUACGCGUCAAUGUGGCAACAGCAGCUGGAAGCUCGCAACAACAACAAUAACGCCAACAACAACGAUAACAACGCAGAAGGCAACAACAACUCGAGGGCGCAACAACCUAAUGGGUACAGUGCGAUGAACCAUGGUCACGGUCAUGGACACGGUCACUAG